UUUAGUAAGAAAUUGAAAAAACACACUCCAUCCCUCUUUCUGUCUGUACCCAGCACUGAACCUUUUUCCCUUUUAUCAAAUGAUUUUGCUCACUUUCUUCCACAAGGAUUAUCUUCCCCAAGUUAGUGUAAACAGAGGAAUCUUCUAGAUUCCAUCUAAUACCUCCUCACAGCCAAUGACACAGUCUGAACCCCUCUAACUCCCCGCGGCCUCCCCCUUGGCUGAAGUGCUAAACCCCCCUGGUCUCGGAUCUCCAUGCCUGUGUUGACUCACCACUACAGAGAUAUAUGGCACAGCGCUUCUGACACCGUCUGAUUCAUUCUGUGGUGGUACAGGCAGCCAGCAGACCGUUCUCCAUGAGGAGCAGUAGAAGAUGCCGGCUCUGCCAGCGCUGCUGCUGUCGAUACACUUCCUCUCCUUCCUGCUAGUCACCAUGGCGCCGCGCUCCCUCAGUCAGGCCCCCCUGCUCUCCUCCGUCCGCAUGGCGGCGAUCCUGGACGACCAGUCGGUGUGUGGGCGCGGGGAGCGGCUGGCACUGGCACUGGCCAGGGAGAACAUCAACAGCGUGAUGGAGGGCCCUGCACGAGCCCGCGUGGAGGUGGAUAUCUACGAAUUGCAAAAAGACUCCCAGUACGACACUACCGACACCAUGUGUCAGAUUCUACCCAAAGGCGUCGUCUCUGUGAUAGGUCCCGCCUCCAGCCCCGCCUCUGGCUCUACUGUCAGUCAUAUAUGUGGAGAGAAGGAGAUCCCUCAUGUAAAGAUUGGUCCAGAGGAAACUCCUCGCUUGCCGUACCUGCGCUUUGCCUCAGUGACUCUGUACCCUAGCAACGAGGACCUGAGUCUGGCCAUAGGAGCCAUCUUACGCUCUUUCAGCUACCCCUCAGCCAGCCUGGUCUGCGCCAAGGCUGAGUGCUUGCUGAGACUGGAGGAACUGGUGCGCCGCUUCCUCAUCUCGCGGGAGACGCUGUCGAUCAGGAUGCUGGACGACAACUUGGACCCCACGCCGCUGCUGAAGGAGAUCCGUGACGACAAGGUGGCCACCAUCAUCAUCGACGCCAACGCCUCGGUGUCCUAUCUCAUCCUCAAGAAGGCAUCGGAGCUGGGGAUGACAUCAGCAUUUUACAAGUACAUCCUCACCACCAUGGACUUUCCGCUCUUGAGAUUAGAUGAUAUAGUGGAUGAGCAGUCCAACAUUGUAGGUUUCUCCAUGUUCAACACCACCCAUCCCUUCUACCUGGAGUUCAUCAGGAGCCUCAACCUUUCCUGGAGGGAGGGUUGUGACCUCACCUACCCCGGUCCUGCGCUCUCGUCAGCGCUGAUGUUUGAUGCGGUGCAUGUGGUGGUGGGGGCGGUGAGGGAAUUGAACCGCAGUCAGGAAAUCGGAGUGAAGCCGCUCAGCUGCACCUCGCCUCAGAUCUGGCAACAUGGGACCAGCCUUAUGAACUACCUGCGCAUGGUGGAGUACGAUGGUUUGACAGGGCGUGUGGAGUUCAACAGUAAAGGCCAGAGGACCAACUACACCCUGAGGAUCCUGGAGAAACACCGAGGAGGACACAAAGAGAUUGGGAUCUGGUACUCCAACAAUACCCUUGCGAUGAACUCCACCAGCCUGGAUAUAAAUGUCUCAGAGACGCUGGCCAACAAGACUCUAAUUGUCACCACCAUACUGGAGAACCCAUAUGUGAUGCGUAAGGGCAACUACCAGGAUUUCCAGGGCAAUGACCAGUAUGAGGGCUUCUGUGUCGACAUGCUGAGAGAGCUGGCAGACAUCUUGAAAUUCUCCUUCAGGAUCAAACUGGUGGAUGAUGGACUAUAUGGGGCUCCAGAGCCUAAUGGUUCUUGGACUGGCAUGGUUGGAGAGCUAAUCAACAGGAAAGCAGAUCUGGCAGUGGCUGGCUUCACCAUCACAUCAGAAAGAGAGAAAGUUAUUGACUUUUCUAAGCCGUUCAUGACCCUGGGGAUCAGCAUCUUGUACAGAGUUCAACUGGGGAGGAAGCCGGGAUACUUCUCCUUCCUCGAUCCCUUCUCUCCAGCUGUCUGGCUCUUCAUGCUGUUAGCCUACCUGGCUGUCAGCUGUGUGCUUUUCCUGGCUGCAAGGUUGAGCCCUUACGAGUGGUACAACCCCCACCCGUGUCUGCGGGAGCGCAGGGACAUGCUGGAGAAUCAGUACACGCUGGGAAACAGCCUGUGGUUUCCUGUAGGAGGCUUCAUGCAGCAGGGAUCAGAGAUCAUGCCCAGAGCCCUGUCCACCAGAUGUGUUAGCGGGGUGUGGUGGGCGUUCACCCUGAUCAUCAUCUCCUCCUACACGGCCAACCUGGCCGCCUUCCUGACCGUCCAGAGGAUGGAGGUUCCCAUCGAGUCACCGGAUGAUUUGGCUGACCAGACCAACAUCGAGUAUGGUACCAUCCACGGAGGAAGCACCAUGACCUUCUUCAUGAACUCGCGGUACCAGACCUACCAGCGGAUGUGGAACUACAUGCACUCCAAGCAGCCCAGCGUGUUCGUCAAGAGCACAGAGGAGGGCAUCGCCCGCGUCCUCAACUCCAAGUACGCCUUCUUGAUGGAGAGCACCAUGAACGAGUACCACCGCGGCCUCAACUGUAACCUCACCCAGAUAGGAGGCCUGCUGGACACCAAGGGCUAUGGCAUCGGCAUGCCACUGGGCUCUCCGUUCAGAGAUGAGAUCACGCUGGCCAUCCUCCAGCUGCAGGAGAAUAACAGGCUGGAGAUCCUGAAGAGGAGAUGGUGGGAGGGAGGCCAGUGUCCCAAAGAGGAGGACCACCGUGCCAAGGGCCUGGGCAUGGAGAACAUAGGUGGUAUCUUCGUGGUGCUGAUCUGUGGCCUCAUCAUCGCUGUGUUUGUGGCCAUCAUGGAGUUUGUGUGGUCGACACGCCGCUCGGCAGAGACCGAUGAGGUGUCUGUCUGUCAGGAGAUGCUCACCGAGUUCCGAAACGCCGUCUCCUGUAAGAAGAGCUCCCGCUCCCGCCGCCGUCGGCCUCUAAGCAGCUCAGCAGCCCUGCGUCACCCCGCCCGCAUUGCUCUGGGGGCCCCGCGGCCCCUGCGCCUGGUCCGGGAGAUGCGCCUCAGCAAUGGCAAACUCUACAGUGGCGCUGGCCCUCUGACGGGCGGAGCCGGGUCAGGGGGAGGAGGUGGAGGAGGAGGAACAGGACCUUCCGAUCUGGGCCCCGGACCCCAGCGGAUCCUGGAUGACCCACUGGGGGCCAACACUACCCCUCCUCCACCUGCCCCUACCCCUGUGAUGCUGCCCUCUCGCAGCUGCACACAUGUGAGGAUCUGCCAGGAGUGCAGGAGGAUCCAGAACCUCAGAGCGGGCACCAGUAUAGGGUCAACCACCACAAGAAUACCGCCUUCCUCAGCACCCCUGCCCCGGCUACCCCCGCCCCCGCCCCCAUCCUCAUCCAACACAGACAGUGAGGGUGGAGGGGGGCCAAGCCCCAGGAGGCUACACCACAGCCCCCCACCUCAUACCCCAAGGCCUGUACCACCUCCACAGAGCAGCAACACCACAGACCUACUGGGUGACCAGGACUGAGACCAGAGGCACUGGGAGGGGUACAAGGGCCAGGAGAAGGGGGGCCACUAGUGCAGUCAUGGGACAUUUGAGCUGCUUAGAGAAACACUGCUUGUCUGCAUAAAUGGAAUUUAUACUGGAACGACGGACGGGAGAUCAGGGAGAAAUGGAGAGAAAAUGUGUUGAACACGGGGAGGUCAGCCAAUAGAAAAUGAGAUGACCUUUAGAGGGAGAAUGAAGAAUGAGGACUUUGUCUAGUGGAGCAUGAGGCCUACAGUGACUGUAUCUCCCCCACUGGAUACAAACCCCACUGUGAGGUGGUCAUCAGUUAAGUUCAGUUUUAUUCUUAAGAUGAAUCCUACAGUAUCUGUGCAAACCACACUGAAGAGCAGCUCGACGCGAGCAGAACAGAAUGAGACUAACUAAACAGUCAAGAGGAAACACACCUGACCAACCAACCUGCUGCAGCGACUGGUUUCCACUGGCCUCCCUUCUCUCUCCUUACUUCCCUCUCCCUUCACCCUUAGAUUUGAGUGGCCUGGUUUUGCUCCAGACAAUUGUUUUGAGGCAAACAAUCCCUCUCUAUACCGAGUAGAAAGAAGCCUAGAUGGAGGACGUACUCUGUCUGUAUGUGAUCUAAAACAGCAACUAAAAAGACUACCAGAGAGUUAUUUCCUGUUGUUUUUUUGUUGUCUUUCUUGUUUUGUUACCAUUGUUCUAAGUGGGAAUUACAGAGUUAAAUAAGGACUAUUUGUGACAAAUAUGGUGGAUUAUAACAUACUAAGGAAACCUGACCAAGGCUAAUUGUGUGGACGAGUUUUGUGUCCCUCCCUGUUCUCCAUAGCUGCUUUUGUGAUGGCAUUAAGGAAGAUGGAUAGAAUGACGUGAAGACACACACACACAUCAUAAUGCAAACUGUAGCAGAGGAAAUUUUAACAGUCUGCCUUUACUUAUUGCGUAUGUGUGUGUGUGCGUGCGUGUAUGUGAAUGUAUUUAUAUAUGUGUGUUUCCUGUAUGUCCUUCAGUAAGUGAGAAGAACCGUAUACACAGUGCACCAUUAGCAAUGUAUGAUAAUCGAGCAACGCAGUGGGAGAGAGAGUGAGAGGCUUUGAAAUGUGAAAUUAAUGUUCCUCGUUAUCCUUGGUAACACUUGCCAAGCCUUUACUUCUUUUUUACCUCUGUUCACACAGCAUAAAAGUGAUAGAGAGACAGGGUGAGGGAGAGCUACAGAGAGGCAGAUAGAGAGACACGGGAAGAAAGGAGAUAGGAGGCAGCAAGUGAAAAGGACACCACUGUAUUUGAAUGACAAAACCCUAAUUGAGCUACUUCCAUUAUUAGAUCUGUCCUGAUCUGGUAAUUCUGGGCAUCUUUUAAGGGGCUUGCUUCUGUGCCAGCAGGCUAUAGCUGCAGCUUCGUCCCUUCUCUCUGUUGAACAGACAGACUUGGCUGUCCACAGCAGAGGCUGCUGCCAGGGUGAUAGACUCAACACAGCCUCAACACAGCCUUGUCAAUACUGUCUCAAGCUUUUGAUUUCCUAAUUACUCCCCUCAGUGACUGGGGACUGGUUUGGAGGGGGGGUGAACAUAAGAAAACAUGCUGAUAGAAAUGGAUUUUGAUGAAUUUACAGGAUUUGCACUCAGGCGGAGAGGGGAAUCUGGUUGCUUUUAAUGAUGUUCUUAGUGUUAUAACUCUGCUCUUGUAUGACGCCCAAGGUUUUUUAAAAAAAAAUUAUAGCCACAUUAUUGGUCAUGCUGCUUAAUAAUCCCUUGAAGGUGUAUGAACAUUGUUGUCUGGGCUAACCGAAUUAUGUCAUUUGUUAAUAUUUGCAAACAUGAUGAUAUUCUGUAUGUUAAAUGUGGCCAUUCGCCCAGGGUGCCCACGAGAUUUGCAUUAUAAAUUCAUGUCUUUUGCAGUGAAAAAUAUUUGUUGACACUAUUGUGCUCCAGAUAAUGAAUGAUAGCAUUGUUCAGACACAUUAUGCUAUUCCUUGAAAUGAUUGCUGUCAGCAGAAUUGGGCCUGGAUUUGAUGUGUCUCUUUCUCUCUGUUUACUUCUGCUUUGUGUUGAGAAUGCUGGCACUGCAACUGAAGUCAGCCCACUCCACAAGUAGGCACAGCACACACACACACACACACACACACACACACACACAGAGAGAGAGAGAGAGAGAGAGAGAGAGACAUGCACACACACUGACACAGACACAUACAGUAUAUACAGACAGGAACCCAAAAUGAGAAUGGCCCCCGACGUCUUUAUUUCCUGUUCAGUUCUUGUCUAAAAGCUGUAAAUCCACUGGUUGUUUUCAAAAUUGUCUUUUUUUUACCCCCCCUUCGUCUUCUCUGCUUCAUUCUGUAAAUGAUUUCACCAAACUUGAUAGGUGUAAGCACCACAUGAAUGCAUUAUGUGGAUAUCUAUCAAGAGCUUUAAAUCAUCAGCUAACAGUUUUAAUUAGCUGCAGUGAAGACGAUAUUGUUCAAUGGGAAUAUGAGGGGAUGGAUGACCCGAAAAUGCUGGAAUUUUGCUGGUAUGAAUGUUAAGGGGAAGGGAGGGCCACAAAACAAAUCAAAUGGGGUGCCUGUCACCGGUCACUCCACAAAACAAACAUUUUUGUUUACUUUUAUGUUCUUUUCUUUGGUAUUUUUUCAUAUUUCUAUAUUAGUGCUAAAUGGAUUAUUAAAAUGAUGAUGAAUAUUAUGAUUAAAUUGUUAUUAUUAUUCUUAUUGAAGAGCAAGAGGUUCUAUAGUGUGUUUGUGUGGUGAAAGGAGGGAUAGGAGGUGCUGGAAUGGAGGUGCGGUAAUGCUCUUCAUAGACAUCACCCUGUUGUUCGAACCUAUAGACACACAAACUCCAUUUGGAAUAAAAAAUAUUCAAACAA